AUAUGGUCGAAUGGAUGCGAUGAUGCUCCUUUAUACAUUUGCACUUUGCUCCCAAUCAUUGUCUAACUCACAAAGUUCAUCUGUCAAAUUUUCCAUAGUUGAAAGGAUGUGCUUUAGAUCGGCUGUUUUCAUAACUCUUGGAGUUUCUUCUUUGUUUUCUUCCUUCUCUGACUAUUCACGAUCUAAUUCUUUGUAUAAUUCUUCUAAGUCUUCAUUUGAGAGUGGCUGAUCAUGGGCUUCUAAAAGUUCUGUCACAUUUUCAGUUGUAACAUCUUCCAAUCCCAUAUCACGUGCAAGUCUGGUAAUGUCUUCAAUUAAAUUCGCUUGAUGUGCUACUUCUUCAAAAUCGUGCAUGAAUGCUGGCAGAAGUUUAGGCCAAACUCCAUUUAAGCAUUUUGCUGAAACUUCAUCCCAAGCCGACUUGAUGUUUUUAAUACCUUUUCAAAAUAUUGAAAGAUCACCAAUAGUCUUUAACUGUUUUGUCUGAAGUGUCUAAAACUCUCAUCAUUUCCAUAAAUGUAUUAUAGAGAUAAUAAGCUUUAAAGGUUGCAAUAACCCCCUGAUCCAUUGGUUGCAAAAGAGGUGUUGUAUUGGGAAGCAUGUAAACAACCUUGACAUCCAAUGGUGUUCUUAUUUCAUCAAGGUUUUGAGGAUGUCCUGGAACAUCAUCCAAGAGAAGUGCCUUGGGUGGUAAUUUAUUUUUUUCACAAAAGCAAAGCACAGUAGGGCAAAAAUAACUUGUGUAUCAAUCUGUGAAAACAUCUUUUAUGACCCAAGCUUUCUUGUUCCAUUUCCAGUAAACUGGCAACAUGUCUUUAUUUAGACCCUUUAAAGCACAUGGUGUCUGUGAAUGAUAUACUAACAUUGGUUUAAGUUUCAAAGUUCCUGAAACAUUGGAUCCCAACAAAAGAGUUAAACUUUCUUUUGCAACUUUAAAACCUGGAGCGGAACGUUCUCAUGAAGAACUCACAAGAAAUAAAAGUUUGUGCUGGUAACUUUUUCCAAUAAAGCCCAGUCUUAUCAAAAUUGAAGAUCAGGUCUGGAGAAUAGUUGCCUUGUUCUACAUAACCCUGAAAUUCCUUAGGAAAAGCAGCCGCCACCGCAACAUCUGCACUUGCUGUUUCACCACAUAAUUCUACACUACAACAGUUACUUCAGGGUUUAAAUCUCAUAAACCAACCCUUGCUUCCCAAAAUAGUUUCUUCACCUCCAUCUGUCUCCUUAAGAUUAUCAAAAAUUGAUUUUGCUUUUUCAGUUAUAGCAGCUUGAGUCAAGAGAAUGAUUUUUUGAUUUGUAUCAUCCACCCAUAACAAUAGCAAUUUUUCCAUUUUUUCAAAAAUUUUACCUCUACUGUAACUCGCAUGUUUUACAUUUACUGCCGUAGACUGUUGAGCAAAGUGUUUAAUUUUAUCUGCAUUUUUCAUAAUGGUAGUAACAGUCGAUGGAGGUAAGUUCAAAGAUCUACAAUAAUUUACUUUGUAAAAAUUGGGCAGAUUAUCUCUAGCUCUUUCAGGCCAAACAAGGGCGUUCCUCAAGGUUCAAUCCUGGGUCUACUGCUUUUCAAUAUAUAUAUUAAUGACUUGUUUAACUAUAUACCAAAAGAGAAUAUAUUGAUGUACGCUGAUGAUCUAGUGAUAACUUAUGCUCAUACGAACGUUAUAAUUCUUCAGGAGAAUUUAAAUCACAUUUUAAAAAUUUUAAACAGUUAUAUGGAAAACAAUGGAUUAGUAAUUAACAAAAAUAAAACUAAAUUCCUCUGCUUUGCAAAUAGGAAUAAAAUAAUCAAUCCACAUCACUUAAAUAUUAAAAUAACUGAUUAUAACAUAGAAAAAGUAAAUGCUAUUAAGUUUUUGGGAGUGACUUUUGAUGACAAUCUGCACUGGAAUAAACAUAUAGAUGAUGUUGCACUUUCCCUGGCAAAGUAUACUGGGAUAAAUAAGAAAAUUCAAGCUUUUUUAAGCACAUCACUCUUGAAACAGCUGUACCACACUUGUAUCGAAUCUAGAAUAAGAUACGGUAUCGCUGUAUGGGGAACCGCAUCUUUAUACGCUGUUAACAAACUUCAGAUAGCACAAAAUCGUUACAUGCGUUCAAUUUAUAAUUUAAACUUUAUGGAAUCAGUAUCCAAACUCUACCGCACUGAAAAUAUUGACAAAAUUAGUGAUAUUUACAAGAAACAGAUUCUAUUGGAGGGCUUCAAAUAUAUAAAGGAAAAAAAAGAAAAUAGCUUCCUUGGAAUUGGUAUAAGUGAAUGUCGCAAAUCAACACGAGAUACUCGUAUAAUUCGUGAAUAUAGUCUUCCAAUUGUUAAACUAGAGGUGGGGAGAUCUGCACUGAUCUUUCAAUUAAUCUUCUAUUGGAAUAGUCUGUACAACAAUCUACGUAAUAUAUUGAGUUACGAAAUCUUCAGAAAAAAUGUAAAAAAACCGGAAAAAAAAACUUAAGACUCAACGAUAUUUGUUGUUAAUUAAUUUUCUUUCUUAGCUCGCGUCCUGUUUUUGUUUGUUUGUUUUGAUUUCUUGUUAAGAUGCUUGUAAAAUGCCAACCUGGCCAGUGUCUUUUGAGAAAAUAAAAUAAAAUAAAAAUAAAUACAGACAUUGGGGCGUGUUUGUCCAUUUUCCAUUUGUCGAAUAACUUCCAUUUUUGUUUCUAGGGAGAUAGAUUGCUGUGCCUUCUUAACAUGUUUAGAUAACUCUGGUGUACUUCUUUUAUCUGACAUAAUAAUCCUCCUUUAUUCUUGUACA